AUGAUCAGGUCCUCCAGGCCAUCCUAUGGUGAUGACGCUGUGAGUUACGUACAGCUGAAACGCGACGGCGAUUUGUGUGUGGUAAAAUGUAAAGUCUGCCCAGAACACAAAGUCCACGCAAAAUUGUAUGGAGUAACUUUAAUAGUAGAUGAACAGGAAGAGGCCGUGAAGUCUGUAGCAUGUAAUGAUUGUGUGGCUUCCCAAGGAGGCUGUAAACACGGCAUAGCCUUCCUAAUGUGGGUCCAUCGUCGGAGUGAGGAGCCAUCCUGCACAUCCAUACAGUGCUAUUGGAUGAAAUCGCGACUAUCGAGGGUUGGUUCCACCACGAAAUUUAUAACAGCCAAAGAGUUAUCCAAUGGCAGACCCAGUGUGCCAUCAGAUGAAGAUGUAUUUAAAAAGUUUUUAGAGGAAGGGAGAAAAAGAAAACUUAGCAACUGCGAGUUACUUAAAUAUCAAUCUGACUAUGUGUUUGACCAAAAAGAAAGUUUGUCUAUGCACAAGUUAGUGCUGAAAUAUAAAGAAGCAUCUUGUGAUAAAUUUUUGGAAAAGGUUACAUUGACCGAUGCUGAUAUUGAUAGCAUUGAGAAAGAAACUAAAAGGCAACAUGAAAGCAUCCUUUGGCAUGAGUUAAGAUAUGGCAGGGUAAUAGCUUCAAGAGCAUUUGAGUUUAGUCGUUGCAAAACCAGUGAUGGCACUCUUAUCUCAUUAAUAAUGGGUGGGAAACUCCCUGACACAUCAGCCAUGAAGCGUGGUAGAAUAUUGGAAGAUGAAGUAAGGAAAACAGUAAGUACCAAACUGGGAAAAAAAAUUAAGCACUGUGGAUUAAUGUUGUCUAAGAACUAUCCUAUGAUAGCAGGAUCACCUGAUGGUAUCUGUGAAGACAGUAUUAUUGAAAUUAAAUGUCCCAUGAGUGCUAAAACGUUUAAAAAAUAUAUAGUCAAUGGUAAACCAACAAUUAAGUUUUAUGUGCAGAUGCAGCUCCAAAUGUACCUUACAGGACUUAAAAAAGGCUACUUUUGUGUGGCUGAUAGCAGCUACAGUGCAAAUAAAAAUGUAGAAAUAAUAUGUGUUUCAUAUGAUGAAAAGUAUGUAUUAAAUUUUCUAGAUGUUAUAGUCUCUUUAUGGAAAGAAAAUGUAUAUCCAUUACUAUACCAAAGUUCUUUGUAAUAUUUAAGUAAAUAAAACACAACAUUAAAACAAAAA